AUGUCCGAUGACUCUAUCCAAAAAACCCGCGAAGCCGACUUCAAGCGCUUCAAAAAGUACGCAGCGAUAGGGUUCCUCGUCGCGUCCCCGAUCCUCAUUGCUCUUCCGCCCCGAAGACUAGACCACCUCACUGUCCUUCACAUUACCGCCUUCGCGAUCUCCGCAAACUACAUUACACGGGAACGCACGGGUCGGAGUAUCGUGGAGCGCAUAAUUCCAGCAUCUUCAUCAUCGUCGUCGGAGCUCAUGGGGCUACCGACUGAACGGGCGAGAGAGAUUCAAGCGCGGUUGCGGGCUGCGCAGGAGGCGAGGAUGCGAGAGGUGGGCAUUGAGAAGGAGGAGUUGGAGAAGCUGAAGGCGAGACAACGGCAGGAGAAGGGUGUCCUGGAGAGGGUUUGGAUGGGCAACGAGGAGGAAGGGUGGAAGGAGAGAAGAUUGAGGGAGGAACAGAAGGCGUUGGAUGAGGGGAAGGGUUAUGGGGAUAUGAUCAAGGAGCACAUUUGGGAAGUUUGGAACUGGGGAGAUGCCAAGAAGAAGACUGAUGAAGAGAAGAAGGAUGAGUGA